UUUUCUAUAUAUUAUUGGUUCCCUACUCAUUACAUCCCCUAUACCUCUCUCUCUGGCCUUUUCUUUUCUCUCGAAAAGUCAGCGCCUUCUUUUGUCUUCUCUCUCCAACAUUAGUUACAGAAGAAAGGUACAGAUUCACAGACCUUGUUUCUUGUUUCAUGUCUCUGAGGUCUAUAGCUAUGGAUGAUGACUGGGAUCUUCAGGCUGUGGUUAGAGGGUGCACCACCGCUUCUCCCUCCGUUGCUGUCACCACCACCACCAACAUAGGAGGGUAUGCAAGUUCCUUUAUUAAUACAGGAGAUUUUUAUACUCAAUCUUGUUUUGGUAGUGAAUCAGCUUCUGGGUCUCUUUUCUCUACUCCGGAUCCUUUUGAAACAAGAAAUAAUAAUGUUACUGGGGAGUUGCAUGAGCUUUAUAAACCCUUUUUCCCCAAAUCUCAUCAGACUACUACUUGUCUUUAUACUCCACAAGGUGCACCUAUAUCUCCUGUUGUCAUUUCUAAGGAACAAACACAGUUGAAGCUGCAACAUCAACAGCCCAAGCAGUCUCAUACUGGCUCUGUGACUUCUAGUGCAAAUUCUCAAACUCGAUCCAAAAGAAGGAAGAACCAACUAAAGAAGAUAUGCCAAGUACCAGCAGAGGCUCUCUCUUCAGAUGUGUGGGCAUGGCGAAAAUACGGGCAAAAACCCAUUAAGGGCUCUCCAUAUCCAAGGGGCUAUUACAGAUGUAGCAGCUCAAAGGGUUGUUUAGCCCGAAAACAAGUGGAGAGAAACAGAUCCGAUCCGGGAAUGUUUAUAGUAACCUAUACAGGGGAACAUAACCACCCUGCACCCGCCCACCGUAACUCCCUUGCUGGCAUUACCCGCCAGAAGACCACCGCACCACAAACUGUCGCCGCCAGUGAUUCUAACCAACCUUCCCCACUAAAACCCACUUGCUCAUCUCCAGCAACUUCUUUAGAUGACGAUCUUUUACCACAAAGCACAAAUACUGAAAGCAGAGACGAGAAAGACACUAUGGAAGAUGACGAUGAAGAUGAAUUUGGAGGGUUCUCUGAUAUGACUGUUAGUGAUGAUUUCUUUGCGGGUUUAGAAGAACUUGCUUCUCCGGCUACCGGAGACCGCUUCUCCGAUCAUUUUACUGUGAAUUUUGGCCUGCCUUGGCUAGCUAACAAUGCCGCUACUGCAGCUGGUGGUCUUUAGAACAAAAAGAAAAUCAUUGCUUUUUUUCUUUUUUGGUUCUUUUAUAUAAAUUUUUUCCCAUUUUCUUUUUAUGUAUACACUUGUUUCAUUUUGGUAGUAAAAUCUUUCAAGGAAUCAUUGCUUUUUAGCCUGUGAGGUGAAUGUUGUAGUUGUAGUUGAAUUAAAAAGAAAUUCCAUUUCUUGACUUGUACUUAAAUUAGUGUUCACAUUUUGGUUUUGCUCAACUGAAUGCAGAAUUAGUGAUUAAUUACAA